CAAUCAUUCAUACAUCUGGACUCCAUCGUGCCGACCGGUGCUUCCUCCGCAAGGAAAAAGAAACAGUAGAAACUGCAAACAACGUAGUGGGGAGGACGCGGCUGAAAUUACAAUAAAUUGCUGAAGAUUGGAUCGCCGGGCCUACGGUAGUGGCUUCAUGGCGGCGUUGAAGCUGUUCGUGUUGAUGGGUUUUCUUUUCCUAGUGCUGACCAGCAUCACAGUUGAUGCUGAUGCCUCAAUCUCAGACGUCGGUGUUGAUGCUGAUGCCUCAAUCUCGGACGUUAAGGGUGAACCCAGAUCGGAUGGCCCUGAUUCCGUCGUGUCAGAGCAGCUCAACUCUAAGAUCAGCAGUCUUGGGUACCAUAUUGAGGAGAAAAUUCGAGAAAUAAAAGACAAGGAUGCAGUGAUCGCAGCUAAGGACAAGAUAAUUCAAGAAAUAUCAGAUAGCAUUGUGUCAUUGAAGAGUGAAGUUGCUUCUCUACAAGAAAAGGGAAAAUUGGAUGCUGCAAAACAGGAAGACAAGGCUCAUGAAAGAGCUCGUGAAUUGGAAAAGCAGGUGGGGAAACUAAAAAGCAAUCUUCAUGUACAGAUCAAGGAAAAAGAGCAACUGAAAGCCAGAGAAUCUGAAGCUGACAAAAAGGCAUCCCAAUUGAAUUCUAAAGUUGAAAGUCUCCAAAAGAUUAUUGAUAACCAGAAAGCUAAGUUGCGUAAAACUGAACGAGCUCUUCAAAUUGCUGAGGAAGAAAUUAUGAAGGCAAAGUUGGAGGCAACAUCCAAAUCCAAGGAGUUGAUGGAGUUUCAUGGUGCUUGGCUUCCACCUUGGCUUGCAGUCCAUUUCAUGCGUCAUCAGAUACUUUUGGAGAAACACUGGAAAGUGCAUGUGAAGCCUGUUCUGGAGCCAUUGAUGCAAAAGGCUAUUGAGAAGAAGGCCCAAGCUGAAGAGUGGGCUGCACCGCACUUGGAGACAAUGAAAACUAAAUGGGUACCAAUCAUCAAAGAAAAGUGGGUAGUGGUAUCCAGCAAUGUUGAACCGCAUGUGCGAACACUAAGUGCAAGAACAAUUGAGAUAUAUGAAUCAUCUAAGACUACUGUAACUCCGCACAUAAUUAGAGUGGGGGAAUUUCUUGAUCCUUAUUUUCAGGAAUUAAGGAAAGUCAGCAAACCUUACAUUGAUCAGGUAGCUACUGCAACAAGACCUCAUGUUGAUACAUUACGCUCUGCUUUGAAGCCCUAUACCCAGGAGGCAGUUGUUGCCUAUGGGAAGUUCGUCGAGUCGGCUACAAUAUACCAUCAUCAUGUUCAAAACAGAGUUGAAGAGAAACUGAAGAGCCAUGAGCUUACAGAACCUUGGGCGACAAAAGAGAUGGCUUGGUUCGCUGCCUCUGCACUGCUGGCUUUGCCCGUCCUUUUUCUGUUGAGAACAUGUUCUUCCAUCUUUUGCAAAAAGGCGCAAAAGCCCAUUCAAUAUGGUAACUCCCAUCAGAAAGGAAAACAUGCACACUUUGACAAGUAAAGCCCGGAUAGGCUAGUUCGGUCCCUCUCCGAUGGGCUCGUAGUUUCCAGAGCUCUACAUGUUGGAGGAAAUUGAUGCCAGAUCUUGAAGGUUUUGCAGCUUCUCUUUAUACAAGGAGAACAUAAGUUGGAAUAGGAUUUUUUGAGUGGAAUAUCUCACUCAAGUUUCAAAUGGUUACUCGAGGUAUAGGUAUGUCCAUGUCGCCCGAGUGUAAUUUCUUCCUUCCGUUUCUCUCUUUUGGCCUUCAAAAGUAUCAGAUGCCACAUCUUAAACGAUCUUUCCCCACGGGGAAAUUAAUUUAUUCGUACUUUUAGCAUCCUGUGAAAUAUUAAAUUUUGUUAUCUUAUUCUUCAUCAUUCAUACCUCUUCUAUUUA